GUGUAGGUUUCAUGCAUGAUGCUCCACACAAGGGUUUAUGGCAACCAUGAAUCCUUUGAGCCAAUGUUUCGAGCAAGCAACCGAUAUUUUUUUAUAUUAAGAAAGUGAUAAGAGCCAAGAGAAUAUUUUUCGAUUAUUCUUUUCAAGGGGCAUCUAUAAAAUUUACGAGGUUUACAGGACACUUGCAAAUGAAUUGGCCAUCAAAGAACUGAAAGAACAUUUUCUCACAUCUUCUGAAAAUAAAGAUGUAAACGGUAUGGGAAAAUCGUUGGUCAUGCGAAGAAAAAAUUUCUCGGGCGUUACCCUCAAAGGAGGUAUUGUGUUGCCUAAUAACUUCACAAGUGAUGCAUCGAUGAUCGCCUAUCUAGAAAGUAAGGGAAAUGCUCAUUCGGAUAUAAUGCAGAGGAAAAACUAUCAAAUAGGACGCCUUCUGCAAGAGGAGUUCAACUUCAGCCUGAAAUUGAUAAGGUCUUCAUGUUGGGGCAUGAAGGAGAACAACACUUGGACUGGUCUAAUUGGGAACAACAUUGAGAGAAAGACCAACUUGACGGUAACAACCCUCGUAUUAUUCAAGGAGAGAUGUAGCGUGGUGGACUUUUUGCCUCCUACCCAUACUUUUUAUUCCAGUUUUGUAUUUCGACACCCACAAAAUUUUUAUUUGAGGAAUCCAUUCCUCGAACCCUUCAACAACACCGUAUGGAUGGUGAUAUUGGUUUCGUUGGUAUCAUCUUCUCUUGGCCUUGUACUAUGUGUGACGUUGUCUCAUAAGAUGCCUUCAACGGAAGCAUCUUCUAGCAACAUUGGACUGGUCAUAAUAGGAGCGAUAACACAACAAGGAACUUCAAAUAUUUUUUAUUCGAUACCUAGUCGUAUCUUAUUUUCUUCAGUUCUAAUCCUUUCAUUUCUACUCUAUCAAUUCUACUCAGCAUUCUUGGUAGCGUCUUUACUAUCUGAGUCUCCCAAGAAAAUCGAUUCACCUCAAAAAUUAUAUGAUAGCGGAUUAGACAUCGGAAUGGAGGACGUAGUUUAUAAUUAUUACCUCUUCAACGAGACCUCAGCAAUUUCCAAAAAGCUCCUUAUGAAUCGUAUCUUGAAGGCUAAGGACAAACAUGUUGUUCCAAUCACUGAAGGACUUAAACUGGUAAAGCAGGGUGGAUUUGCAUACCAUGCUGAUGCAAUGGGGGCAUACAGAUAUCUCGCUGAAACAUUAACGAGCACCGAAUUCUGCCAGCUGAAGACCGUGAAAGUACUCCCACCUAUCGUCACGUACAUCACUUUGCCAAAAAAAUCACCAUUGAAGGAGUUUCUUGCGAAUGGAAUACUCCGCAUGGGAGAAUUUGGUAUCCUGGAUUACGAGGAAAGGACGUGGAGACCUGAUGUACCGGAUUGCAAAUUGAUUGGAAAAUCGAGUGAUAGUCAGUUGGCUGUAGGCAUAGAGAAUACUUUGUCACUUUUUGUGAUGCUGCUAGUUGGUAUGCUGGUCAGUGUGAUUAUUUUGGCGAUGGAGCUCGUCAAAUUUAGGAUCUGGAAAACCUAAUUUAUUUACCCACAUUCUAAUAUUCCUGUCUAAAAUGUUGGGGCUCACUUUCAGGAUUAGUAAGUGCAGCAUCGGUGGCUUAGAAAAUGAUUAAUGCAACUAGAAUACUUCACAGCAAAAUUAAAUUUCAGUCUUU